AUAACCCAACUCAGCAUAGUCCAGCCCGGCCCCCAGUAAACCCUCGUCCAAAACCCUUAUCAGCCUUCUGCCUCCCUCUCCCUCUCUAUCUUGCCUCUCUCUAUCUUUAGAGGCGAAGCAGAAAACAAGAAUUGAAAGAAUGGCAAGUGAAUGAAACCGCCGCUGGCGAUGAUUAAUCUACAGAGGAAAUCGUUAUUGGUCAGCACUGCCACUUACUCUUCGUCCGUGUUCUCAAAACCUUCCACAACUUCAUCUCCUCGACUCACCUCAAUGUCCAAGUUGCAGCACAGGGGACUCCAUGCAAACCCAAGAACCUACUUACCGUGUUCUCCAUUUAGAGUUGGUAAUGGCAACAGAUACAGAAGAGCGUCUCAGCUUAAGUUUGACCGACACAGAGUAUCUUGCAGGAUCUCAACUAACCUUGCCAAGGCUGGGACAGAUUCUCAUCUUUUCCAAAGCUCUCUUGAUGGUUCUCAGAAUGCUUUCCACUUAAGACCUGGGUUCCUGAAUUGCAUGGCACCUCUAAAUAGUGUUAUUUAUGGGUCUCUAAACAGAGGUUUCAGAAGGAGUUUAUCUACUUAUGGAAGCUUGGCUCAGAGGUUCUUUUCUCAAGAUGCCAGUUUAACAAAUAGAUAUGAAAAUGUUGGUGUUCGUGGCAAAGAGGGUGAUGGGAAGUCCUUGGGCUUCCAACCAUUUAGUGAACACAGGAAACGAGCAAAAGCAUUGGCUGCUCACAGGAAAAAAACAGCUGCAAAUUUGAAUAUUUCAGGCUCUAAAGAUGUUGACAUGAUGACUUCUAGUGAACAGUUAGUGGGAGAUGGGGGUAAGGAUGUGAAGCUGGGAUCAAAUAUUUCAAUUUCUCCUGUUAAAAGUGAUAAUCAGAACACUGAAGUUCAGGGGAAACAAAAGCAGCACUCAAGAAGCAAGAAAAACAAGGUGCAUAAAGUUGCUGCUAAUGUUUCAGAAGAAGCAGUUAAAGCAACAGGAACCCAAAGUUCUUCUCAAGCAAAGACGCCGAAUGCUGGCAAAAGAGGCAAGAAUUCCACACAGGCGUUAGAGAAGAGUUCAGUUGGGAAAACACGUGUUGAAGUGCUUGAUAGUUCUGCUUCAAGAAAAGCUCAGUUGAAUGAGAGAAAUGAGAACUCUUGUAUAAAGGUGAAAUCUGUCAAAGCAGCUAACAAGUCACCAAAUAAACAGAAUUCACAAGAGAGAGGCAAUUUGAAUAAUCAGGGUCCGAAGGCAUUGAAACAGCUAUAUUCCCCCCUUGUGAAAUCUGUAGUGGUGGUAGAGUCUGUAACAAAGGCUAGGGUUAUUCAGGGCUACCUUGGUGAUAUGUAUGAAGUAUUGCCUAGCUAUGGUCAUGUAAGAGACCUGGCUGCAAGGUCAGGAUCUGUGCGGCCUGAUGAUGACUUUAGCAUGGUGUGGGAGGUCCCAUCUGCCGCCUGGACUCAUCUGAAGAGCAUCAAGGUUGCACUGAGUGGAGCAGAAAAUCUUAUCCUUGCAUCAGAUCCAGACCGUGAAGGAGAGGCUAUUGCCUGGCACAUCAUUGAGAUGCUGCAGCAACAGGAUGCUUUACGUGAAGACAUUAACAUUUCACGGGUUGUCUUUCAUGAAAUAACGGAGUCCUCCAUCAAAAGUGCUCUCGAAGCUCCAAGAGAAAUUGAUGUAAACUUGGUUCAUGCUUAUCUUGCACGGCGUGCUCUCGAUUAUUUGAUUGGAUUUAACAUUUCACCAUUAUUAUGGAGGAAACUACCUGGUUGCCAGUCCGCUGGGCGAGUACAAUCUGCUGCCCUUGCUCUUAUAUGUGACAGGGAAAUGGAAAUUGAUGAAUUUAAACCUCAGGAGUAUUGGAGUAUUGAGGUGAAGAUGAACCAAUAUGGACCGGGUUCUUUAGUGAAUGGCUUUUCUUUCCCAGCACGCUUGACGCAAUAUGAUUCUAAAAAGUUGAAUCAGUUUUCAAUCAGCUCUGAUACAGAGGCCAAGGAAAUUGAGCGGAAGAUUAGUUCAGCAAAAUUUAAAGUGGUCAGCUCUAAAAGAAACAAAAUGCGGAAAAACCCACCAACACCAUAUAUAACAUCAACACUUCAGCAGGAUGCCGCAAACAAAUUACAUUUUACUGCGACAUAUACAAUGAAGCUUGCACAAAAACUUUAUGAAGGGGUUCAAUUAUCUGACGCUAAGGCAGCAGGUCUGAUAACAUACAUCAGAACAGAUGGACUACACAUGUCCGAUGAAGCUGUUAAGGACAUUCGCGCUCUGGUAAUUGAAAGGUAUGGACAAGUGUUUGCAUCAGAGCAUGCUCGCAAAUAUUUUAAGAAGGUGAAGAAUGCUCAAGAGGCCCACGAAGCAAUUAGACCCACUGAUAUUCGGAGGUUACCAUCAAUGCUUGUUGGAGUACUUGAUGAAGAUUCCAUGAAGUUAUACACUCUUAUUUGGUCAAGGACAGUUGCAUGCCAAAUGGAACCCGCUAUCAUAGAGCAGAUGCUACUGGAUGUUGGAAAUGAUGAUGAAUCAAUUGUUUUGCGAUCUGCAUGCUCACGAGUUGAAUUUCUUGGGUAUCAGGCAGUUUUUGAGGAUGUGGAAGUUGAAGCAAUCCAAAGUAAAGAAAAGGAAGAGAAUGAUCGCAACGAGGCUUUUGGAAUUCUUAGUUUAUUGAAGUGUGGAGACCCAUUGUGUCUUGGUGGAGUGGAACUGAAGCAGCACUGUACCCAGCCUCCGUCACGCUACUCUGAGGCAUCAUUGGUUAAGAAGCUAGAGGAGCUUGGAAUCGGAAGACCUUCGACAUAUGCCAGCACACUAAAAGUUUUACAGGACAGAAACUAUGUGACUGUGAAAAGCCGUGUAUUGCAUCCAGAAUUUCGUGGUCGCAUGGUGUCAGCAUUUCUUUGUCACCAUUUUUCAGAGGUCACAGAAUACAGUUUCACUGCCGACAUGGAGACUGAGCUUGAUAAUGUUUCUGCUGGAUUAACUGAAUGGAAAGGCCUUCUCAGAGAUUAUUGGACAAGAUUCAGCUCAUAUUGUGAUCGUGCUAGUAGCGUCCAUAUUCACCAGGUGGAGAAAAUGUUGGAGAAAAAGUUUGGGGAUUCCUUAUUUGAUUCUCUCCCAGAUAAAAGCAGAACAUGCCCAAGUUGUAUGGAGGGCACUUUGAUUUUCAAAGUAAGCAGAUAUGGUGCUGGAUAUUUUAUUGGUUGUGAUCAACACCCAAAGUGCAAAUAUAUUGCCAAGACAUUAUAUGGUGAUGAUGACGAAGAAGUUGCUCCUCAAAAGAACAACAUAGAGGAGCCAAAAGUGCUGGGUAUUAAUCCUGGUUCCACCGAAAAGGUCCUUUUGAAGAAUGGUCCAUAUGGAUUCUAUGUACAGCUUGGUGAAGACAGGAAGGGAUACCUGCCUAAAAGAACCUCUGUUUCCCAUAUAAAGAAUGUGGAGUCUAUUACUAUUGAAGAUGCUCUUGAGUUGCUGCGCUACCCUGUGACAUUGGGGAACCAUCCAAAGGAUGGACAACCAGUAGUGUUAAGGCUUGCAAAGCUGGGAUUUACCAUUAGACAUCGACGUUCAAAUGCUCCAGUCCCCAAGAAUGUGAAGCCAAAUGACAUCACCCUCGAGAAAGCAUUGGAGCUCUUGUCGAGUAAAGAUGUUAGACGAUGUGGCCGACCUAAGAACAAACCAAAGGUUGAAGAAGCUGCACGGGCCAUGUAGCCUCGGCAAAUAGUAGAAGACUGCAAGUUCUUUGCAGACUAUUAACUUAUGAAUACUAAAUAGUGGCCAAUUGUCCACUCUGCAACAAGAUUUGAUCAAUGCUGGAGCAUCAACUUCCAUCACCUGGAGAUUCGUUUGUGCAUCAAGAAGAGGUGCGCGCAUACACAGACUGUGAUAGUAAUUAGUCUUUUUGUAAUUCUUUUUGUAUGAUCAUGUCAAACUAAUGAUAUCGGUUGAGAUAUGCAACUAGCAUUUAUUCGAAAAAGGGGGAAGAGCUUCUGUCUGAUCCCUGGAGUUUUGAUGUCUUUAUUGAAGUAAGCAUAUAUUCCUUGUACCUAGAAUAUAUAUUCCUUUUAAGUUUUUAAUAUUUUAAUGAUUUAUUUUGUGUUA